UGCAGGGAGCCAAUACAAUAGCUUAAGGAAAACGCCUACACACCAUGGAGGGAGCGGAGAGAGAGGUGGCGGCGCUGCUGGAGCAGGUGCAGGGCACACAAAGCAACGCCGAGCAGAUCGAUCUGUUCCGUCACGUGCAGGAGAUCGUGACACACCGAGAUCCAUCGGGAUCAGAGCGGCGCGUGCUGCGUAAUGUGUUGCCAUUGCUCGGACAGCUCGCUCAGCAGCAGAACGCGACGCUGGUGGCUUCGAUCCUGCAGCUUGUGGCACAGGAAGCAGACGCUGCGUCUGCCACAGCUAAUACAGCGUCAAGCGAGGCAGUGGGUGCGGCGUCCACGCUCCUGGCCGGGCUCUAUGAAGUAUGCCACACCGUGUUGUUGCUCAGCUAUUCGAGCGAGAAGAACGUGGUGCUGGCGCUGCAGCUAGCGCUUAGCAGUCUGCACUCAAGUUUCCAGGUCGUCUUGCGCGCCGAGAACAUUGAGAACCGCGUGGAUAUGGAGCCAAAAAGCUGCUGGGACGCUACGAUCCGCUGCAUCGAAGCGACGGCCGACGUCGUGGCCAACCCGCCGGAGGCAGGAGACAACAACCGCAGUGCCAUGGUCUGGUUGCGAGCCUGGAAGCUGUUGGAGAGCAGCGCCAUGCUCUUUAGCACAGCGCAGGAUGCGUCCGUGUACCGAGAUCCCAUGCGAUCCAACGUGCAGCCCAACGUUUGCAGUCUGGAUCGACUGAGUGGAGGAAAGCAGACGAUUCUGGUCAAGACACAGCUACAAGAGUUCGGAGUUUUCUUGUUACAGAGGCUGUGUGGGGUUUUGGGCGCUGUAGCGGAGAGCAAGGUGGCACUGGCGAGACGAGAGUUGAGUGUAGCGAUUAAUUCACUGUCGCUGCUAGCGGCCGUGCGACCACAGCACAUGCCACAUAUUUUACCAAGGCUAAUUGCUAUUUCGAAUGCAGUGGCAACGCCGGGAAUGGAAGAUGCCGUGAUGCAAAAGACUCUGACAGCCAACUUGGUGAAGCUGCUGAGCCAUCCGGCAGCGCAGCCAUUUGCGGACGAAGUGACGGACAUUUUGAUCGCUGUGGGGGCAUCCCAGCGCGCCUUUGCUGCUAUUAGUAAGAGCAAGGAACAGCGCAGACGGUAUACCAAUGCACCGACUGAGGCGUCUUUGCGAAGGGCCAGGAUCGGAAAGCGCACUGCAGCACAGUCGAUCACAGAGCGAGUAGAGAAUGCCAACGCCCAUGCCAAGCGCAGACGUGUGAACCUUUCCGAGUCUUCAGCAGCCCCUAUCUCUCGAGAAAAAGUGACACACGACGGAAUUGUCAACAUGCAAGCUGUGGAAGUCGCCAAUUUGGUGCUGGAGAGUUUUGCGUCUGAUAUGCCAACUCCCGCGCCUUCUAACCUGCAGUUGGAGCUCGUUCCUAGCGCGUUGAAGACGCGAAUGUCUGCACUGCUGGCAAAGCUUGCAACUCCUUCCUCAGCUUUCGCAAUUGAGAAGAGUGCUAAGCGCAUGCGUGACCCUCGACUAAGACGCGAUCCAAGGUUGCAGACACAGAACAAGGAGCAGCCAGCACUUGUGUCCAUUUUUGAUGACACUGCCGUCGAGGAAGUGAGUGAUUGGAUCUCGAAAAAUGCUGCUACAAUCGCAGAGCCACUCGUGUCUGUCUCGGAGGAUAACGUGGUUCAGGUGCACUUGAAAUCCGAGACUGCUGCGUGGCAACACGAAAUGGCUGUUGACGCGCUGGUUCGGAUCUUGGAAAACGAAUACGGUGUGAAGAUUCGAGGUGACGAAGCAUUGCGUGAAGGGGUUGUCUGUCGUCUUGCGUCAAGUCCGUGGCUUCUGUGUACGGACGAGAAAAACAAGCCGAUUGCGCUGUCGGAUGAACAACCGAAACUACCGUUUGUCUACCAAAAGAUUUUGGAUUUCGUGCUGGGCGAUUAUGCCGUGCGUUCAACGCUUGCAAUAAAUCUGCUGUGUCAGGAAUAUAUUCGUGCUACGGCUUCCCAGCUAAGCGGAACUCAAGGCGAGGACUCUAUAACUCCACCUGGCACUGCUGAUUAUCAGAUCUAUCGGAAAUCUGUAAACUAUUUCUUCGACACGUUGCAAAAGAAGAUGAAUAUUUCCUCAUCUGCGGACAAGAAGCUGUUUGGUAGUCUGGUGGCGCAACUGCCACGGACUCCGGUGGAGAUUCUUCGCCUCGUUACGUCGCUAUUUAGUGAGAAAUCCGGAGUCGUUCUUGGGAUUACACUGCUGCGAGAUCUUUGCAAGGAACGGAAAGCAUGUCAGAUGCCGUGUCUUCUGCUCCUAUUGCGGUAUACAUGCCAUGAAGACGAGCACUAUCGAAAUUCUGCUAUUCGCUGUGUCGCCAAUCAGCUUUAUGGAAUCGGUGCUCUUAAAAAUGACAUCGAAGAAUUUGCGAUCAAGUUAGUCAACUCAUUGCGGGAGCCUGUCACAGCCAACGAUGCAAGUGCGACAGAAAAUGAUGAGCCGAUGCCGGAGGCCGUCGAUGGUGCUGAAAAUGUCGAAUCCGUUAGCAUUCAAGAGCCUUCUGCAGCAGUGGAGCAAGGAGACUGCUGGCUGAAAACCCAGGUGCAACGGAUUACACUUGCUGAAAAGGACACCAACCAUGAGCUGCGGGCUUAUGCAGACGAAAUUCAAGCGGAAACUGAUCUUUCCAAGUCCUUGGACAGCGAACCGGAGAUUCUGCGGCGGUUGGAACUCUAUCUGGCUCUGUGUGCGAAGAAGCCGUCACUGUUGACACACUUGGUGGCGACGUAUGCGUACGCAUCCGAAGCAGUGCGCCAAGUUGUUUUCCGUGCCAUUGAAAAGCUCAUCAAGCAUCUCAAGCAACGCGGAAGUGUGAACGUUGUUGCCCAGCUUCACGGGUACGAGCCAAAUGCUCUUGGACUGGUUUGCCACAUCAUUCAGAUCCUGUCGCUUCGUGGACGGCCGAACGAAUCUAGCUCGUCAGCCACUGACGAGCUCGUGCAACAGAUUUUGGAGCUCUACCAUAGCCACGAACACAUUCCAGACUCAAUCUCGGUGCUCAUUCCGGUGUUGCCCAGCAUUCGUGGUGAGAUCCUGUUCCCAUUGUUGCCCCAGCUGCUAUCACUACCCCAAGCUCGACUGUCAGUCGCCAUUACGCGGCUAUUAGAAGCAAUGCCUCCGCAGGUGGUAGCUCCUAUCGACUUGCUGGUGGCACUGCAUCACGUGGAUCUCAAGAGCGAGCCAAGCAUGCAAAAGAAGGUUAUUAACGCCAUUAAUUUCUGCGUGGAACACCGUCACGCAUUCCCUUCGGACGUGCUUCUUCACGUGUGUCGAGUGUUGGUGCAAGAGGAAAGAAUCUCGAAGCUUUCGCUCCGUACGCUCAUUCUUAGCGUCACAGCCUACCCGACUCUGCAGAAGGAUAUGGCGUCUCUUCUCAACAUUCUCAUUGACAGGAGGGUGUGGGAGAUGGAAGAUGCCUUGUGGAAGGGCUUCGUCAAGUGCUCAGCACUCAUCCAGCCAGCAUCUUUCCCCUUGCUUCUUCACAAGUUACCGGUGCCACAACUGGACUUGUUAUUGAACGAGGAGAAAGAGUUGCGUGUCUUACUCCGUGAAUUUGCCUUCACUGCUGGUCCUGACGGCCAGCCUAUGGAUCUUCCGUCCGAAAUCAACGCGCUCCUCGAAGACCCGCAAGAAGGCAAGCUUGAAAACGUCCCUGACAAUGAAGAACCAGUAAUGAAAGUAGAGAACACUGAUCCCGCCAAGGUGGAGCACAACGAAGAUGAGGGAGUGGAGCCCAGCAAUUAGGAGAGUGGCUGCAACACCGCAACCACUUACAACGAUAGAUACUCAACUGAAUCAGAGGAAGAGGCAACAACAUUGCCCACAGGGAAUGCCCCAGGAAUUCUUUGACUCGGAAGUUACUUUGGCAAUGCCAAGUUUUUUACUAUUGUUUUGUACGGCAAGUUUAGCCGCAGGUGUGGCUGUUGUAGCGAACGUGGCA